AUGAAUCCUACUCCCCUUAUAGGCGGCACCUGCGCAGCUCCCGACUGUUACAACACUGUCUUAUUCAGCUCAACGACAUUCUGCACACAACAUCAACCGGCUGCACAGGCGCUUUCGACUGAUAAAGGGCACAAUGAAACAAGUCAAUGGGACACAUCUCGACCAUCGGGCAGGGUUUUGACCGCGAGAAGGGGCCGCCAACCGUUCCGGGGCCAUGUCUCGCGGAAUCCAGUCAGACGUCAAGAACCUUCCCGCGAAACUUCUCGUAACUCCCCUAGUACCAGAGGCGACUCCCAAGCUAAACAGCCAAACGUUACGCAAUCCGAUGGCGUCAAGUCCUCUAUGCAGUUGUUGUCGCCAAGACGCUCGGAUGACAAACGGGAAAAGGAUGAUUCCAUCCAAGGGCGGAAGGUGGGCAACGCAGACAGUAACCGAUUAAGUGAAAAAAGUAACCCGAAAGAACAUACAAACGCUGCGUUACAGCCAGGGAUAAUCGAAAGUUCGGCAAGGACUGCGAAGAAAGCCUCCCCUACUAUAAUAAUUCUGUCAGAUGCCUCGAGUUCACCAGCACCCCCCAGCCCUACAAUAGAAAAAACAGCCAGCACACCACGCGAACAUGCUGUCGCUGAAGAGGCAGGGCCGCCGGCCGCAAAUAUGGAACCGCAUAUGCACUCUCCACGGAAACCAAAGCCGGAUACGAAGAGUAGUGGACAUGUCCCUUUGUCACUCUCUUCUAAAAAUUCAAUUUCGGCACAAAAAGAAUCACCGGAGCAUCUGCUAAAAGAGUUGAAACCUGCAAUCGCCAGUGGGCUCAAGCGUUCGCAGGAACUCAGCUCGCCAACAAGAAAAUUGUUCAAAGUCUCCACGAGGACAAGCAGGCCACGAGAAGUCACUUCAGGAUCAAAGCAUCUGGAGAAGGCACCGUCAAAAAAGGCAUCGUCUAGAAAGGCCACGCCAGAAAAGGAACACCCUCCGCCAGACAUAGUACUGCCUAAAAUGCACGCCAAACUUGACAAUGAAGUAAACAUGGGUGGUACAAGUGAUGUUUUAGAUGGAGCAGUGGCUCAGUCGAUACAAUCAGCACUGUCGUCAUUAAAAGCCAAACGAGAUACGGAUAGGAAGAAGUCGUCGGCCACUUUUGACUCAGUCGCAUUUGACUCGAUCAUCUACCGACAAUCUCGCUUGCGUCCACCUCCUGGCGUCAUCCUGUCUACUCGCAUUGUCAAGGGCGGUUCAACGUCACGUAAUGGUGACCACGUCUAUCUCCCCGUGAACCCAGCAAUCCACAAUAUGCAUAAGAGGUCUCAACGUUGGUAUAAGGAGAAAUCCGAAGAGAUCAAAAGACGUCCCAGUCGAAAGGCCUGGUUCGGUAAAGUUGAGGCAAGGCAACGUUGGUUACGUGCUGAGGAAGAAAAGUUGGAAAGAAGCCGCCAACAAGCUCAGCAUGACGGAACCAUGCCUCCUUUCGAACCGCCAAAGCCAAGAUCUGUCAGGCAGAUCUUGGACUUUGGAGAUGUGCCCGAAGACGAGCUACCCGAGCAUGUUCGCAGUAACCCCGCAUGGUUAAAGACCUGCGCUUGGUUCCGAAUGUGCGAGGAACAAGUGGCUCAAUACCAGCGUCAAAUUGAUAAAUCUAAAGAGGAAGCCGAGCUCUUCUUUAUGAACAAUUGCAACGCAGGUUAA